AUGGAACUAAAUAUUAUACAUAAUAGUUUUGAAAUAGAAACUUUAUCAGGUCGUAGAAUUAACAUUGAACAAAAUCAAAGAAAUGAAACAAUUGCAAGUGUAAAAAAGAGAAUUUCAACUAUUUACGAAAAUGAUGGAGAGAUUGGUAACGAUGGCCAUUUUUAUUUAUUACAUUCAAAUGGCAAACAAUUAAACGAUGAUGAUUUAAUAAAUGAAUCAUUAAUCAAUAAUAGCAAAGAAAGAAUUUUAGUUCGUCGUAAUAGAUACAGUUGUUUUAUCGAGCAUAUGAUCAAUGAACAUGUAUCCAAGCCAUGGUUAAAAUGGGUAUCAAGGGUUUUAUGUGUUUGCUUUUCAAUGCUUUUGAUAGCAGCAUUUGCUCAAAUUUCAUUUUAUUUACCACAUGCCAGAAACGUACCGGUCACAUUACAAACCCUAGGAAUUUUCAUAAUCUCAUCACUAUUGGGUUGGAAGAUGGGUGUCUCAACUAUAGUUCUUUAUUUGUUAUGCGGUUUAGCUGGUGCUCCAUUCUUUACAAAUCAAGGUCAUGGUGUUGCAUAUAUGAAUGGAAGUACCAGUGGUUAUCUAUAUGGGUUCAUCGUCGCUGCAUUUGUUGUUGGUUAUGCAUCAGAACUUGGUAGUGAUAGGGUUUAUUUUUUUAAUUGGAAAUCAACAUUAUUAUCAAUGAUUAUUGGUAAUGUCGUUAUCUAUAUUGUAGGUAUUCCAGUUUUGGCAAGUAAAAUAGGUUGGUCUAGUUCAAUUAAAUUUGGUUUGGUACCAUUUUUAGUCGGUGAUACUCUAAAAAUUAUUAUAGCAACAGUCGUAAUACCUUCAAUUUGGAAAUUAAUUGCUUAUCUUUCAAAUAGAAAUAUAAUUAUCAAAUCCCAAAUUCCUUUAGAUUUUCUAUCAUCAAAUGAACAAAAUAAAUAA